AUUCGCUGAUAACACCGAAUGAUGAGCCGACGAUUUCGCUGCUCCAAAUUGAUAAUCUUUCAGAAACUAUAGCAUUAGCAGUUGAUCGUUCGGGCAACAUCGAUCGAUUUUACGGCUCUUAUACCAUUACAAAUAUUUCAUACCAACAGUUUAAAAAUGAAUAGAUUGUUCAUCUUCUUGAUUGUACUCGUAGCAGGAUCACGUGCGGACAAAAGACAUGAUUAUGGACAGAAAAUGUCGCAGUGUUUGAUCGAAAAUGGCCUCAACGAAACUCAUCUAAAGUACGUGUUUAGAAUAGGAAAGGUAAAUUUGGAAAUACCCAGUGAUGUUUCUGAAGAGGCAUUGGCUUGCAUGUUAGCGUGUGUCUAUAACUUUACCAUCACCAUGAGGGAAACUCAAAAAACGUUGGAUGAAGCUAUUCUGGAUGUCAUUAAUCUAGACGAUAUGUUCAACAACGAUGAAAAUAAACGUAAAGCUUUGAAGGAAACUCUAGAUAAAUGCAAAACAGAAGCUGCAGGGGACAAUUGCAAAUUGCUGCAAUGCAUCAAGGUUACCAGAGAUCCAUUCGACAAAAUCAUUACAGCUGGUAGAUACAACUACGGUUACUUGAGAAGAGAUAAUGAGUAGUUUUUAUACAAAAUAUAGAACAUUUGAAACUGAUAAAAUAAAUAAAGUAAUUAAAGCUUCCAGUUCAAUCAUA